UAUUGCAAGAACCCCUGCCUCACGUCAAACGAUCCUGUUUACGGCACCGAACGCUAUGCCCUGUCAUCUUCAGUGUGCAGGAGCGCCCUCCACGACUUUCGCAUCUCUUCGUGGAACUCUUCGGCACGGACUGUCACCCUCAUCUUUGAUUCGGGGGAGAGGAACUACUUUGUCGGGUUACUCCGCUAUGGCGUCCACUCCCAAAGUUGGUAUAGCUCAUCGAGCUUUUUCCACUUUAGUUCACCGCGUGUUAAAGAGAGGGUGCUCGACGUGACGUCUCUCCAUCGGAAUUACAUCUACGACGGGGACACAACGCACACCCUGGAGUGUCACGGACCGCCCGAGCACGCCAUCAGCUUCGACUACUCGAUCAAGGAGGUCCAAUUACGGAACGUCAACACGUCGCCGAGUCCUGUCCAGGGUCACUAUGCCGUCUCAUUUCCGAAGGAGGAGUAUCCUCACGCUCGAACCAACGUGUUCUGGUGUCAGGUCCAGAACAGCCCACUCUCGACCGUGGCCUCCUCAGCCAUGUUCUUCGACGCCUAUAAAUCGGUACCGUUCCUGCCUCGAAACUACACUGUCUCCGCGAGUCCCGGAGACAAACUUACGAUCGCCGUGACGUCCCUCCGCGAAGGCCGUCUCGCGUCCUGGACCAAGGUCGACUCAGUCGGCAAAGCAACAGUACAGCUUUCGACUCUUGGCCCGGUGAUGAAAAUCCCAAGUGCUCGCCUGCAGCACGGCGGUAUAUACGUGGCUAACGGUCCGUACACGAGAUCACCCGGAAAGAACAGGGCCAUCAUCAGGGUCAUAGUAAGAGUCUGCCGUGCCGGACUGUAUGGUCCAAGCUGCAACUUUCGAUGUCCUUCGUGCCAGAACGGCGGUGUGUGCCACGACAUUACGGGGGACUGCAUCUGUCCUCCGGGAUUCAAGGGACAACUUUGCGAGCAGCAGUGCGGAGACGACUACUUUGGACAAGACUGCAGCAAGAGGUGCUCCGACACUAACCCCGACCGUUCGGUGAAGUCCUGCCGCGGGAUCCUCAUGUGCCGACCCGAUCCCUACGGGUGCUCUUGCGGGACUGGCUUCACCGGAUUCUUCUGCAACGAGACGUGCCCGGCUCACCACUACGGAGCAGACUGCAAGCAAAGUCGCCUGUCCUUCUGCAAGACGGAGUCCAGCUGCGACAUCCACACCGGCACCUGCGCCAAGGACCGAGGGGUCUGUCUCGAGGGCUGGAAGAACUCACCUUUCUGCGAUAUCAGUUACCCUCUGCUGCGAACGAAACCCAGCGUGACAGAAGUUAAGGACACAUCAGCCAUCGUGAGCUUCAAUCCCUGGAAUGCAUCGCAACAUUACGGCGAGGGAACAGCGACCGACUACUGGAUUCAGUACCGGAAGCUGAACGAGUCCUGGCACAAGAUUGUCGUGGCAGCCUUGCCCAAGUCUGCCCCGUACUCCAGGACCCUGAGAAGUCUGCGCAGUGGCGAGACCUACGAAGUCCGGGUGCUGGUCAUUGACACGGACAAGAAGUUUCGUCAAAGAGGAGCUCUGACCACGGAGUUUAGAACCCUUUGCGGAAAACCCACGUCUCCGCCAAAGAACGUCAAGGUCGACAACUCCAGCACUCACAGCGUGAUAAUAACGUGGCAGAACCCUGGCCGGGAGACGUGGCUCUGCUGGAGCGCCAACGUCACCCUGGAAGUGAACGGGACCCUGGUGUCCUUCAACCUGACCGAGUCCGGGGUGAACCCCACCGACCGAUUCGUCGUGCACACGCGUCCCUUCACGCGAGUCACCGUGCGUCUACGCCUGGACACUCCGGACGGUGCUUCGAGCCAGUGGACGGGGCCGCGGACGGUCACGUCCGCCGAGGAUGCCCCCAGUGAAGUCCGGCAACUUCAAAUGACGAAGAGCUUCGCGCGGCAGGCGAGCUUCGCGUGGCUACCACCGGCCAACGCCAACAGUCGCAUCCGUUACUACGUGGUCAUCUACAAACCGCUACGCCUGUCCCUCCCCUGCAGUCCCAUCGAACAAACCGAAACCAGGCUGAUCGUGCCCGCGUCGUCGCAGCGCGUCAGCCUCGAAAAGCUUCACCCGUACACCCUGCAUCGGAUCUUUAUUUACGCGAUCACCGUCAAACCUGGACCGAACGUGACGGCGACUUUCACCACGGAGCAAGCCGUUCCCGAGGGCGCCCCGACAAGCCUCCAACACGCAACGGUGACCGGACUGGAGAAUGUGGUCUACUGGGGGAAGGUGCCCUGCGACCUCGCCAACGGCGUCGUGAGCCGCUACUACCUGGAACUGGACAGCGCCGACCCGUGGGAGAGCGAGCUGCGGAACCUGACGACGACGGACAUGAUACUCGGCUUCAGCGACCUGCUGCCCUACACGCGCUACAGGGCCAGGGUGUACGCGGAGAACGCCGCGGGUCGCUCCAGGGUCGCCGCCGAGCUCAACUUCACCACGCUGCCGACCGCUCCCCCGGCUCCGAGCAACCUGACGGCGUACCAGCUGUCCCAGACGAACGUGUCUCUGUCCUGGCAGCCUCCGUACCCGCCCUACGGUGUCCUGGACCGCUACCAGGUCAAGUUCUGGACGAGCGACACCCGCCUCGAGCCUUCCCUGCUCGACAUCGACACGUUCCGCUGCUCCCGCGGGAACUCGAACAGGCACUGCUUCACGGUGCCCAACCUGCUGCCCGUCAGACUUUACCAUUUCUCGGUGAGGGCAUUCAACAAGGGCACAACACAUGGCCCUUACUCGGUCGAGCUGGAGGAGGAGACCAGGGAGAGGGUGCCGGAUGCACCCGCCAGCGUCCACGGAACGGACAGGGCGGAAGACAGUCUCAGGAUUCAGUGGGACGAGCCUCUGCGGAAGAACGGAUACUUAAAGUCCUACAGGGUGAAUGUAUCUCUAGCACAUUCGUUCAGUAGUUCGGUCAGCGCCGCCGCUCGCCCCAGGACGGUGGAUCUCCAGGACGUCACCAUGAGAGAGUACUACCUGCGCGACCUCUACCCGGGAAGUACCUACAGGGUCUGCGUGCAAGCCAGCACAAGCGCCGGUUUUGGUGAUGCAGUCUGCGACAGCAUCACCACUAGGGCCGCAGCUCCCGUGGUGCGAACGGAACCAAGGGUGAACGGCAUCGUGAACAACACCGUCAACGUAGCCCUCGAUCCAGUCGACUUCGCGAAGGGUCCCAUCACGGCAUAUUAUCUUCUUGUGGUACGAGGCACGCACGACGUGGACGGACCCGUGGUUCCGGUCAACUUCAGCGACGCCCAAAAGAUGCAGCUAGCUUACUACACGGCGGCCAUGUUCACUCCGGACGAGGUCAAGCAGCUGUCGUCCGACUUCGUGGUGGGCGCGGGCAACGUCGUCGGCGGCUUCGAGAACCCGCCGCUGAGCGACGCGACGCCGUACCGCAUCGGCCUCCUCGUGGCGAGCAGCUUCUCUGAUGAAGUCCGCUACGGAUACCGACUGUCUGAGCCUGUUGUGGGCUCAGUCGGCAAUACAGGCGGGACAGCCGGCAUUGGCGUCAUCCUGGUGGCGUGCCUGGUGCUUCUGGUGCUGGUGUUUGUGACCACUGCUUUGACCUACUGCUGCCUCAAGAAGCGUUCUGGGGCGAUCUACAGGUCCAACUCGCAGACGGAGAUGAGCCUCAAGGAUCGUCUGUCACGGCUGUCGAAACUGGACGACAACAGCCUUUCGGAGUCCCGCAUGACCCUGAACAUGGGCAACGGCGAUUACUUGGAAAUGACGGCGGUCCCGAACAGGGGACUUCCCUCGAAGCCGGUGCCCGUCAAGGAGCUUCAGGAGCACGUCAUCCACGCACAGGCACAGGACACGCUCAAGGACGAAUACGCGACAUUGCCAAGGGGACAGCUUCGUCCCUGGGACACUGCCAAGAAACAGGAAAAUAAAUCCAAGAAUCGAUACGAAAAUAUUCUUCCGUAUGACCAUUCGCGGGUGAUCUUGUCGAAGCUCCCCGAUGUCGACCACAGCGAUUACAUCAAUGCUAACUACGUGCCGGGAUAUAACUGUUCACGUAAAUACAUCGCAACUCAAGGACCUAAAUCGUCUACGGUUCCCGAUUUCUGGAGGAUGGUUUGGGAAGAAGGUUGCUGCAAGGUUGUGAUGCUUAGCAGCCUCAAGGAACAGGAAAAGCGCGACGGUCACUUUCAGACGAAAUGCGAGAAGUACUGGCCGGACGCCAGCCAGAAGUACGGCAAGUACACGGUGACCCUGAUGAAGACGGACAUACAGGUGGAUUUCAUCGUGCGGGAGUUCCAACUCGCUCUGGAGGACGAGUGUCGAACCGUGGUCCAGUUCCACUUCACAACGUGGCCGGACGACGGCGUGCCUCUUUACCCGGACGCCCUGCUGCCGUUUCUGAGAAGGAUCUGGGACUUCGAGCCCUGCGAUGACCAUCCCAUCGUGGUUCACUGCAGUGGAGGCAUCGGUAGGACAGGUACUUUGAUCCUGAUAGACAGCAUGCUGGCGCAAGCUGAAGCUGAAGGCGAAGUAAACCUUAUCGGCCAGCUUCACCAUAUGCGCCAGAACAGGAUCAACCUCGUGGAAUCGCUGGAGCAGUACGUGUUUGCGUACAUGGCUCUGGUGGAGAUCCUCUGUUUCAAGAGCCACAAGCUCGCGGUCAAAGACUUUGUCAGCUCGUACCACAAGCUCAAGUCCAAAGCCCCGGGUUCGAAGAAAAGCAUCCUUGACCUGGAGAUGGAGGAACUGGCCAGAGCAUGCUUUGCUUUGGGCGACCAAGACUACAAGAGAGCCACGGAUCCCAGGAACGCGUCUAAAAACCGAUCUCCAAACAUCCUUGCCGCGGACACGCGGAGACCACUUCUGCGCCCCACAGCGGACGGAAGCCAGACGGACUACAUCAACGCCGUUUACGUCGACGGCUUCAAGAGGAGAAAGGCCUACCUGGUGACACAGAUGCCACUUCCGGAAACAGUGGGCGACUUCUGGCAGAUGGUGGCUGCGAGCGGCGCCAAGACCCUCGUCACCCUGGGCCCACUGGAAGACGAGACAUGUCCAAUGUUCUGGCCCGAGGUCGAAGGAAGUGUCCAGGAGUACCAGAAGGUCAGCGUGGAACUUGCCGGAUCUCAAGACCUCAAGAGCCUCAUCGUGAGGACACUCAAGGUUGCAGAGACUGGGACCACGCCACGGGUGCUGAAGCAGUUCCACCUGGACACCUGGACGCAGUCCAGCACAGUUCCCUUCUCCUGCGACCUCGUCCUCAAAGCCCUGCAGCACGUGGAUCACUGGCAGUCACGCACCGACUCCAAGACGGUCAUCGUUCAGUGUCGGGACGGAUGCAGGGCGUCCGGGCUCUUCUGCGCAUCGGCCAUUGACUGUGAGCAGCUUAAGCUCGAGCAGGAGCUGGACGUGUUUCGCACAGUGCGAACAAUCCGAGCCAGUCGGCCGCAGUUCAUCGUGGACUCGAACCAGUACGCCUUCUGCUACGACCUGGCGCGUGCCUUCUUGGACACCUUUGACACCUACUCGAACUUCCAGUAGAGGGCACUAUUUCCUGUCGUCGAUGCGACGAACUUCGAAUGAAAAUAAACGCUCUAUGUUUCCAGUUC